GGCAUAAUCCCUUGCUGUCAAGUACACGUUUUCGAGUAGAGGUUAUGUUGUUGUGGAGUAAUUAUAAAUAAUUUUUUUCUAUUCAUACAAUUAAUAAUAUUGAACAAUGAGUGACUUUGUAUUAAAUGAUACAGACUCUGAAGUUGAUUCUGAUGAAGAAUUACAAGAAGCGUUUGCCAAAGGCUUGCUAAAGCCUGGUUUGAAUGAGGAAAUCGAGAGAAUUGAGAAGAAGUAUGUAAAUAACGUGGCAGACUUGAAAGUGAAGUUGAAAGAGUUUCAAUUGAAACUACCAUGGGUAGAGUCGCUAGAUCUGGUGACGGCUGUGGCGCCGAUGGCACCUGACGUAGCGAUGCAGAUGCAGGAGACAGCGCAGAGACGAAAGAAUUUAAAAGAGAACAGCAAAGGAAAGGAGGUUUAUGACCCAACACAAGAUCCGGUACUGAAUGAGUUCAAACGUGAGAACCUCUUACAUAGACAAGCACAAGCUGCUGUAGUUGAAGGCAUCAAGAAGCUGAAAGAACUUGGAAUUCCUACUAGAAGACCUGAUGACUACUUCGCAGAGAUGGCCAAGUCUGAUGAUCACAUGCAGAAAGUUCGCAAGAACUUGAUGGCCAAACAGGCAGCACAGGCUCGCACAGAGAAAGUUAGACAGCUCAGAGAUCAGAAGAAGAUUGCUAAGAGAGUUCAGACCGACGCCAGACUAAAACAAGCAGCAGAGAAAAAGGAAAUGUUAGAACAACUAAAACGUGUGCGCAAAGGCAAGUCUUCCGACUUAGGCUUCUUAGACGACAACAACAAAGGUAGCAAAGGCAAUAAUAAAGGAAAAGAUGGCAAAGGACCACAGAACAAGGUCAAUAAACGACGGGCUAUGAAAGACAAGAAAUUCGGUUUUGGCGGCAAAAAGAAAGGCUCCAAAUUGAACACGAGGGAAUCUUCAAACAAUUUCGAUGGUUUCAACGGCGCCUCACAGAAAAAGCCUAAUAAUUUCAAAACGAAAUCCUUUAAGGUCAACAGUAAGAAGAAUCAAAGACCCGGCAAAUCUAAAAGGAAGAAUAAUAAGAGAUAAGGAUUAAAAUAGGUUUAAUAUUCUAGAAUAAAUAUUUUUUGGUAUAAUAA